AUGUGCGGGGCCGCCGUGCUGCUGCUGCUGGCGGCGGCGGCGGCGGCGGGGCCGGGGCCGGGGGGCGGCGGCGGCGGGGAGGAGGCGAUCCAGUGCCCGCCGUGCUCGGAGGAGCGGCUGGCCCGCUGCAAGACCCCGCAGGGCUGCUCCGAGCUGGUGCGGGAACCGGGCUGCGGCUGCUGCGCGACCUGCGCGCUCGGCCGGGGCACCGCCUGCGGGGUGUACACGGCGCGCUGCGGGGCCGGGCUGCGCUGCUAUCCGCCUCGCGGGGUGCCCCGACCGCUGCACACCCUCAUGCACGGGCAGGGCGUCUGCACCGACCUGGCCGACGUCGAGGCCAUCCAGGAGAGCCUGCAGCCGCCAGAGAAGGAGGAGAUCGAGCACCCCAAUAACAGCUUCAGCCCCUGCAGCAUCCACGACCGCAAGUGCCUGCAGAAGCAGCAGGCGAAGCGCGUCAACAACGGCAAUAAGAUGCGCAGCAGCGGGAGCCCACAUCACCGCGAGGAGACCCGGCCCAUUGCCCAGGGCUCGUGUCAGAGCGAGCUGCACCGUGCACUGGAGCGACUGGCGGCCUCACAGACACGGACACACGAGGAUCUCUACGUCAUCCCCAUCCCCAACUGCGACCGCAAUGGCAACUUUCACCCCAAGCAGUGUCACCCGGCGCUGGACGGGCAGCGGGGCAAGUGCUGGUGCGUGGACCGCAAGACGGGGGUGAAGCUGCCGGGCUUCCUGGAGCUGAAGGGGGACUUGGAUUGCCACCAGCCAGCAGACAGCAUGUGAGCGUGAGCGCGGCCGGGCCGCCCGCCGGGGCCAUGGAGGAGAGGGGACACAUCUGCCGAGCAGCUCCUGGCGCCCGUGGACCCCAGCGUGCCCCCCAUCACUGCUCUGCUCUGCCCACGGUGCAGCACCGUGCCGCCCCAGUGCUGUGACCGCCACCCAGCAGCCGCUGGUGGCAUCCCUGUCCCGCACAGACCCCGGACAGACGGACACUGCUGGGUGUCAGCAGGGCUGCUUUCAGGCUGUUUCGGUGGAGAUGCAUAAAGGAGAAAGCAGCGCUGCGCCCCUCCCUGCCUGCAGCCCCCCGCCGCAGUGCCUUCCCUGCGCCCCCCUGAGCGCGCAGCACAAGAAGUGCCUCAGCCCCCCGGUGUGGGCAGGGAGGGGAUGGGAGGGGAUGGACCCCCAGCUGCCACCUGCCUUUGUGUGCGUGGGGUGGGGGUCGCAAUGAGCAAUAAGGACCUUCACCCCGGGGUGGGGCAGCAAGGGCAUCAGAGCCCGGCUCGCGGUCGCUGCCCUCUCGUCUUCAGAUGGGGUGCAAACAGGACGGGUUUCCAUGUCCUGCGGGUGUGAAAUGGCAGCAGGUGUGGGGCUGAGCGCGGGGUGGGUCCUGCAGGGUCAGCGCUGCGCACCGCCGCUCCUGCUGUGCUGCUGCAGUUACACACUGCCCUGCACCAGCAUAAGGCCCCCCACCUCCCCGCCGUGACCCCACUGUGACCCCGCCAUGACCCUGCCGUGACCCCACCGUGACCCUGCCGUCUCUUUUCUGCACUGAUGCGAUCGUAGUUCCCUAUCGGACGACCCCAUCGCUCAGGCUCUGUGUAGCACCAUCCUUCCUUUUACAGUAAACUUGAAGCUUUGUAUUGUUAAAAGAAAAUAAGAAAAGAAAAAGCUGUUGCUGC